AUGGAUCACCUCGGGGGGCCCCUCUGGCCUGGAGUCGGCUCCCUCUGGCUCCUGCUCACCGGGGCCGCCCUGGCUCCCCCUCCUAACGCCCCGGGCCCCAAGUUUGAAAGCAAAGCGGCCCUGCUGGUGGCCCACGGGCACCAGGAGCUCCUGUGCUUCACCGAGCGGCUGGAGGACCUGGUGUGCUUCUGGGAGGAAGCGGCCAGCGCGGGGGUGAGCCCCGACAACUACAGCUUCUCCUAUCAGCUCGAGGGUGAGCAGUGGAAGCCGUGCCGCCUGCACCAGGCCCCCGCGGCCCGCGGGGCGGUGCGCUUUUGGUGCUCGCUGCCCACGGCCGACACGUCGAGCUUCGUGCCCUUGGAGCUGCGCGUCACGGCGGCAGCGUCCGGCGCUCCACGCUACCACCGAGUCAUCCAGAUCAACGAAGUGGUGCUCCUGGACCCCCCCGCGGGGCUAGAGGCGCGGCGCGCGGACGAGGGCGGCCACGUGGUGCUGCGCUGGCUCCCACCUCCUGGGGCCCCCAUGGCGAGCCUCAUCCGCUACGAGGUGAACAUCUCCGCAGGCGGCGCCGCGGGGAGCGCGCGGAAGGUGGAGAUCCUGGACGGCCGCACGGAGUGCGUGCUGAGCAACCUGCGGCGCGGGACGCGCUACACCUUCGCGGUGCGCGCGCGGAUGGCCGAGCCGAGCUUCGACGGCUUCUGGAGCGCUUGGUCGGAGCCCGCGUCGCUGCUGACAGCCAGUGACCUGGACCCGCUCAUCCUGACGCUCUCCCUCAUCCUCGUGCUCAUCCUGCUGCUGUUGGUCGUGUUCGCCCUCCUCUCGCACCGCCGGACUCUGAAGCAGAAGAUCUGGCCUGGCAUCCCAAGCCCCGAGAGUGAAUUUGAGGGCCUUUUCACCACCCACAAGGGUAACUUCCAGCUGUGGCUGUAUCAGAAGGACGGCUGUCUGUGGUGGAGCCCCUGUACCCCCUUCGCAGAGGACCCACCUGCCCCACUGGAAGUCCUUUCUGAACGCUGCUGGGGGGUGACCCCCGCAGUGGAGCCAAGGACAGAUGAUGAGGGGCCCCUGCUGGAGCCAGUGGGCGGUGAGCGUGCCCAGGACACCUACCUGGUGCUGGACAGGUGGCUGCUGCCCAGGAGCCCACCCAGCGAGGACCCCCCGCAGUCUGGUGGCGGUUUGGACAUAGCAGCCACGGAUGAAGGCUCAGAAGCAUCCUCCUGCUCAUCGGUUUUGGCCCUGAAACCAGAGGGGGCCUCGGCGGCCAGCUUUGAGUACACCAUCCUGGACCCCAGCUCCCAGCUCUUGCGCCCAAGGGCGCUGCCCCCUGAGCUGCCCCCCACCCCACCCCACCUGAAGUACCUGUACCUCGUGGUGUCGGACUCUGGCAUCUCAACUGACUACAGCUCAGGGGGCUUCCAGGGAGUCAAGGGGGAUUCAUCCAAUGGCCCCUACUCCAACCCUUACGAGAAUAACCUUGUCCCGGCCCCCGAGCCUUCCCCUCCCAGCUAUGUGGCCUGCUCCUAG